GAGCACAAGGUGCUGCUGACGGGGACCCCUCUGCAGAACACGGUGGAGGAGCUCUUCAGCCUCCUGCACUUCCUGGAACCUUCCCAAUUCCCUUCGGAAGCCGAGUUCCUCAAGGACUUUGGUGACCUGAAGACCGAGGAGCAGGUCCAGAAGCUUCAGGCCAUCUUGAAGCCCAUGAUGUUACGGCGCUUGAAGGAGGACGUGGAGAAGAACCUGGCUCCGAAGCAGGAGACCAUCAUCGAGGUGGAGCUCACCAACAUCCAGAAGAAGUAUUAUAGGGCCAUCCUGGAGAAGAACUUCUCCUUCUUGGCCAAAGGAGCAGGACACACCAACAUGCCCAACCUGCUCAACACCAUGAUGGAGCUCCGCAAGUGUUGUAACCAUCCCUAUCUCAUCAAUGGUGCUGAGGAGAAGAUCUUGGCCGAGUUCCGGGACUCGUGUCACCACCACGUCCCUGUGGACUUCCAUCUCCAAGCCAUGGUCCGCUCGGCCGGCAAGUUGGUCCUCAUCGACAAGCUCCUGCCGAAGCUCAAAGCUGGUGGCCACAAGGUCCUCAUCUUCUCCCAGAUGGUCCGUUGCCUCGAUAUCUUGGAGGACUACCUCAUCCAGAAGAG